UUUGAAGUCUAUUAAUAAUAAAACAAAAUAAAUUUAACGUUUUUAUUCGGGCGUUCGGCAAAGUAGUUAAUGCAGUUAAGGCAGUAAACGAUGAUUAAGCUCGAAGCAUGUUUCCCAGACCUUAUAGAGAAUAAGCUAGCUGAUCUACAGGCUAGACUUCGUGCGGAAAAUGACGCUAAGAAAAAGGACAAACUACCUCGUGAUCUCAACUUGAACUUCUCAAGCCCCCAACAUACGCCACGUUCCCGGCCCAAGCCUUUCCUGCUGAAUGAGAUGGCAGCACCUAGCAGACCUGCAAAACAGUUUUCUCUGCCUACAUCAAAUCCAAUCAUCACACGACAAGAUAGUGGUGGGGAUUCUGAAAGCAAGUUGAAGGAGAUUCUGAAGGCAGGAAAUGUGCUCACCAUUGGUGGCCAACAGCAUCGGGUCGAGAUGGCUGACCUGGAGAAGCUUGGGGAUCUAGGGUCAGGCACAUGUGGCCAUGUGGUCAAAAUGCGCCACCGGCCCACAGGCAAAGUGCUGGCUGUCAAGCAGAUGCGUCGUUCAGGAAAUCGUGAGGAGAACAAGCGUAUCACCAUGGAUCUUGAGGUGGUUCUCCGUUGCCGGGACUGUCCACAUAUUGUUCAGUGUCUGGGAUACUUGAUUACUGAGGGUGAGGUUUGGAUCUGCAUGGAGCUCAUGGAGACAUGCCUUGACAAGCUGCUGAAGCGCCUCAGGCCGCGUGCUCUGCCCGAGGAUAUCCUUGGCAAGACAGCCCUUGGAGUCCUUCGCGCCCUCCACUAUCUCAAGGAAAGCCAUGACCUGAUCCACCGAGAUGUGAAGCCGUCCAAUGUUCUACUGGACAGGCAAGGUCGUGUUCGCCUUUGUGAUUUUGGCAUUAGCGGCCGCCUCGUGGACUCCAAGGCACGCACACGCUCUGCUGGUUGUGCAGCAUACAUGGCUCCUGAGCGCAUUGAUCCACCAGAUCCAUCAAAACCUGAUUAUGAUAUUCGGGCGGAUGUGUGGAGCCUUGGCAUUUCUAUGGUUGAGCUUGCCACUGGCCAGUUUCCUUAUCAGGAUUGCAAAACUGACUUUGAAGUUCUAAGCAGAGUCCUCCAGGAUGAGCCCCCUUCAUUGCCUGAUGAUGGCACUUUUUCACCCGAAUUCUGCUCCUUUGUCAGGCAAUGCCUCACAAAAGACUACAAUAAGAGGCCAAAGUACAAGAAACUUCUGGAGCAUCCCUUCAUAAAGCGGUACGAGACGAAAGAGGUGGAUGUAGCAGCAUGGCUAGCCAGAGUGAUGGACAGCUCCCAAGAUGGCCAGUGAGAGAGAAGAGGUGGCUGAUGCAGGCUCCCAUGGAAGCAGCAAGCAGAUGCCAAAUCGAAUGCUUUGUCCAAUUUCCAACCCCCCAGCGGCUUUGCCCUCACAUGUCGCCAUGUUUUUUCACGCGACUAAGCAGGAUGGCACAGCACUAGAGCAUAGGUUCCAGAUAAGAGGCUGGCAGGUCAUGCCGAUUUUCAUAGCUGCCCAGCUUGGGGUCUCAGCCUGGAGCAAGGUAUGUAGGAUGCAGUGUACACAUGCAGCAGGGACUUCAGCGAUGCCUUUCCAGUGUAUUCACACCUUCUCCACUGGGCACACCAGAGACCAGAAUUAGUGGCUGUACAGUUGUAGGUGCUCCCCUGAUGCCAGCUUUGACAUCUUGUCAUGUGAUGCUGUGGGCUGGAUAAUCAACAUAAAUGUAGACAGGGGAAGCAGUCAACUUAAAUUAGGAGAAGGUACUGGCUGUGUUUUAGUAGCCUUUUAUAACAAUGGUCUGCAUUGCAGGAUAUCAAUCUGCUUUCUGUGUACCUUGCUCCAUGAAAAAAUGCUUUUGCAUAAUGCCCAGCUUGGCCUAAAGAGCAGCACAGUCAUUUGGAUGCUCCAGUGCCAUUGCAACGUUACCGAGUACCUCGCUUCUUCUAAUCUGUGUCUUCUGUUCCUGCUUUGAGGACUAGAAAACACCAAUGGCCACUGAAAACUGCUCACAGGGUUGAAGACCAUGGUCAGCUACUGUAGAUGUUCUCAGCAGGGAGUAUAAGUUGUGUUUGUGCUGUUUGCCUCUGGCGGCCAGUUUCCCAUGAAAAGAGAAGGCUUCUUCUUUAGUGUAUUUAGCGAAAAAAAGUAUUUACUCUGAACAAAGAAAAAUCGACGUGUUGUGCACAAGUCUGAUUAUUGGCAGCAGGCGCAAUGAGCAUUGCAUGCAUCACAAUCAGCAGAGUAUGGUACCCAUUUUAAGAGUUUAGAACUUUUAGCCUUUUCUUUUACUUGGUUUUCCAUCUGGAAAAGACCAUAUGAGGGUUUUUUUUAAAGGGAAAUGGGGAAUUCAGAUUUUUACAAAUUGACGUGUUUUUAUAUUGUAUAGAGCUGGCACCAUUUUGGAUGUAGUGCUUAUAAAAAAAAAGUCUCAGUUAGGCGAAGCAUCGCUUGCGAUAGCAAACUAGUGGGCAGCUAUAUGAAGCAAGGAUAGCAGUUUUAUUGGCCGUUUAAAUACACAUAGUGUACUAACUAAAUUAACAAGCAUGGUGCCACACGCAAAAGCAAACAUGAACGCGUCUCACUCUAUGACCAUGGAAACUCGCUGUCAAAACGCUGUAGUGAGUAAGCGCGGCAGCAGCAGCGAGCGAAUUGACCUUCAUUCCACCGCUCGCAUCAACGCGAACUAAGCCGCGAAUACACAGUGCAGGGAGGAAGGACUCUGCCCCCGCCGCAGAUGGCUUUCAAGAUGAAGCUUCCCAGGCGGGAGCGCACGGCGUAGUAUGCAGCCUCCCCCCUCCCUAACCUCCCCCCUGGAGCCUUACAACCCGGCAGGGGUGCGCGUGACUGGAAGAUGAUGCGCUUCCUUCCCGCUUCCCACCCUUGCGUGCGCGAGAUUGAGUCGCGUUCACAAGCUCACCCUCGCAUGUUUUCACUCGCAAUUUUAUCACUCGGCGCCAAUUUUAUCGCUCGUGGACUUUAUACAGAACCUCGCAGCGACGGCGAUGCCGACGACAUAAAUGCGCCUGGAGUGUCCAUAUAAUUGCUAUCGCAAUAAAAAUUUUAGCACUGGUUGUUUUUGGUAAACUUUAGUGGAAGAGAAUGCGUAAUGCUCUUUAGCCCUCACAGGAAAAUUGAAGCUUGCAGAGUGCUGCUACUCCAGCAUAUCAGUUCUCCGUGCAGCCAUCCUGCUCAGACAGAAAACAUGCAAUCCUACUGUAUGUACCAACUUAAGUGGCUUUGCAUUAAGACCUUGUUUCAAUGCAUUUAUUGUUUGUAAAUGCUCGUGAAAGCACCCUGGCACAUGGACUAUGGGACUUCUUGUUAAUGCUAGGCGUUAGUUUGAAAGUACCAUGUCCUAUAUAUUGCUAGUUGCUCACCAUUCAUGAAGGAGACAGUGCUUCGUUCUUUCUUGUUUUAACAACUACUGUUAUUAAAAGUGUAAAAUGCUUUUUGUCCAUAGCAUUGUUUCUGAGGCUUCCUAGGUUUGCUGAAAAUUGUCUGGAAAGACUGUUGUGGCUGCAUGAAAUUUCUUUAGCUCCACAGUUUAAUUGGCUCAUUGCACAAGGAAGAGUAGACUUAGUGCAAUAACACCUGCAUACAUGCUUAACCCUUUGAGGGUCACAUUUUUUUAAUACUGCAGAUUUAAAUUCUUCAGAGCGACUUAUUUCGAUAAAAAGCAAGUGAAUGAAUUUUUUUUUUUUGCAGACAAUACAGGGGUAAAUUUUUAAAUGCAUGCAGUUUCAUACAUAGUUUAUUGUUAAAUACUUGGAAAAACUAGCAUAAUUUUUUUACAGAUGUAAAAACAUUCACAGAACUUGCGUCUUAUGUAGGCUUGACACCACUAAGGUCUGUAUUUUGAUAUCGCGUGUCUAGCAGAGGGUGUGAACCCAGCAAAGACUGCGGUGCGGUGACCCCUGAGCUUCGUCCUAAUUAAGGAUGAAGAGCCACAAGAGUGGAGUGUUAGAGAAUACAGCCCCAGGACACGUAGCCAUAGUGAAAGCGAGGCAUGCCAUGUCGGUGCCCUCAAGCAAAUGGAUGCAGUUGUGCGUACCCUUUAUAAAACCAAAGCGAGCGAACAACUUGCGGUAAUGAAUUGUUAGAUUGCUAGACAAGGUUCUAUCAGUUCUUGUGCAUCUCCCAAAAAGAGUUGCACGCAUGGCAGUAUUGCUGCUUUGUGAGCACCCGCCUGUAAACGAGUAAUGGCAUGCCUACAGGAGGUCCAUGUGAGUGAGCAUCUCGCGGUAACCAACUGUUUAAGUGGUAAGAAACGGGAAAGAAAUCACUUUUCCUGAUGCCCGUAAAUUGAAACAAGUGUGAGAAUGAUGAUUAUAAAGUGUGCAAGCGUGAGCACGCAGAAGUUAACUAGGCGAAGUCGGAACAUUCCCGAACUACUGCGGUGACAGCUACUAUAGAGCGAAGCGAAAAAUUAGUUUUUGUGGAAGCCGACGGAUGGCAGCAUGAUAAGAAUUUUUGUAGAAGUCCCGGAAGGUUGCAGCACCUUCGGUGAAAAAGGCGCAUUUUUUCAAAUGUUUCGUCGCUGACAUACGUGUAUGACUCUCAAAGGGCUAAGCGUUAAGUACAUGGAGGAAUUGCUUAUUCUUUACACAGUACAUGAAAUGAGGGCUGGUGAUCUUACUGAGCAGAGUACUGGAGAGAUUCCAACAACAGGACAUUUGUUGCGCUAUUGGUAAAAUUUGCCAGUAUCUUUUUCUUUGGCCAGGUAAUCCGUUGCGGGCUCGUUUUUUGCUUUUUAUAUAUUAGUAGCUAUGAUUAGAGCUUUUGCACUUGUGUUAUCAACUGAAAAAAUUGCUGUCCAAGACAUCUUUUUCCAUGUUGGUUUACAUUCUCCUCCUCCUGGUCACUUGUUCUGCAGCUAUUGACGGAAAGUGCCCUAGUACUGUUGCUGAUUGAGGAGCAUGGUUUGCAGAAGAAACUUGAUCAAGACAUCUUGUGACAGAUGGUGAUUGUUGUAUAUGCUUGCUCUAUCGUCCGCCUUAAAGUCCUGUCAGUAACUCCAGUUUAUCUUGGUACAAGACUUUCCUUCUCAAGUUGCUUUUCACUUCAUUUCACUUCACAAGGACUACACUGUGGUUAGUAACUGCUUGAACUAAGUGGUGCCUUAGCUGUUCCGUUAAUCCGAUCCUGUCUGCAACUAUAGAUGGUGCAUAGGUUGUGCCCAGAGAAAUUAUUUUGUUCUUCUGCUUCUGCUUGCCUAGAUACCAAACGCUUGUUUCGGGUUUGUGACAUUCUUUAUUCUCAGAGAUUAAGGUAGACAUUCUUGUGAAUAUUUUGAGAUUUUUCCACCAUGCAUUGCCUCUGCCAGCUUCCAUAUGCUAUUUUUUAACUAGGUGUGCCUGUUUAACAGGCUGGAGGGUUUGCAGUUGUUGCUGUUACAUUACAUGGCUAGGUCUGCCUUUGUGAUAUAGAUGCUUGUGGAGAUGGAACAACUUUUUGUUCACACUCUAAGCUGGUCUUCAACCCUGGGGGAAGGGGUGUAUAGCCGUGUUUAUGUAUAAACAAAGCUGCUUGUGUCUUGUCUUGUGUGACUAGGCUAGGAUCUUCUCUUGCUCUCAAUGCGUUGUCCUACUUAAGUCUCCCCUAGCCGGCUGCUUCCGUGUUUUUGCUGGGAAGCAGCAUGUGCAGAUGUGAUGUACAUAAUGUUUCACAACAGUGUAACCUAUAUAUAAUAGUAGAUCUACAUACUAUUCUGAUGUAAAUACAAUUGAAACGUGUCUGUAAUCCCUCACUGUCGCAUGCAGAGGGAAACGUCUUGUCGAGUAGAGGGGCAACCUGUGUGCGUGUGCUUUUUUUUCCCUCAUUGUGAAAAUGCGGCUAGUCAGUUUUUCUACGUUUAUUCACAUGCUGCACUGAGUGAUGGGCUGCAGUCAUUGCCUGGCUGCUGCUUUAGUGUGCAGUCAUGCAUACACAACCUCUGGAGACUUAAUUUAGGGUCUGGCUGGAUGUCCAUUGCAUUGAACAGCCUUUAGUUUUUUCUUCUGUGCCAUUGUACGUGUGCAGGGGCUGUGAUGCCUUUUUUUUUUACCUCAUUCUUUGUGAUGAGUUAGGCACACUAGGGAACUGGGGUCAAGUUGACAUUUAGUCAGCUGUGACUAAAGUCCGUAUAGUUAAAAAUGUGCUUGUAAGUGGCAUUCACCUUCAGUGAAGGGACCCUGAAACAGGUUACUUUAGGUAAAACAAUGAAAGGGGCUAGUUGGUGCACUUUCAUGAUUAUGUUGCACUAGUUUUACACUGGCAAAAUAAGGACGCGGACGGACGAAGCGCAAAAUACCAAUGCUUUAUUUUUGUUUGAGAACACAUUAAUAUACAAUAAAGUGAAAAAUUGGGGGGAGGGGGGGGGGGUGGACACUUUGUGUGGAAACUUACUCAGGUUACUUUGUUUUUGGGACGGCCAUAUCUGUUCGAAGUCAGCUGUUUGUCAGGCUGCUCAUUUUUUGACACUUAAGAAACCAUUCACAGUACAAAAGCCACACUUCGUUCAUGUAGGCUACAUUCAUGCUCCUUGGUGGGCCAAAGAUGGGCUACGCAGUCAUACAAUUGAGACAUUGGCUAUACAUUCAUGGGCAACAAAGCCCUUCUUCUUUCUGGGGUUUUACGUGCCAAAACCAGUUCUGAUAAUGAGGCACGCUGUAGUGGAAGGCUCCAGAUUAAUUUUGCCCACCUGGGGUUCUUUAACGUGCACUACAACGCAAGUACACUGGCAUUUUUACAUUUCGUCUCCGUCAAAAUGCGGCUGCCGCGGCCGGGAUCCGAUCCCGCAAUCUUGUGCUGGCCGCGGCGGCUGGAGGCGAAGUGUGAAAACGCCUGUGUGCUUGCGUUGUAGUGCACGUUAAAGCACCCCAGGUGGUCAAAAUUAAUCCGGAGCCCUCCACUACGGCGUGCCUCAUAAUCAGAACUGGUUUUGGCAUGUAGAACCCCCGAAAGAAGAUGAUGAGGGGCUUUGUUGCCUCUGAAUGUAUAGCCAAUGUCUCAAUUGUAUGACUGCAUUCACAGCAGCAUAGGCUGUCAACAUGAUGAUGCUGCUGGUGGUUCCUUAUCAGCCAUAAGCCACAUGAAAUAGGUGUAAAAGUGUAGGAAGGUGGGAGAGGGAGGUAAGAGCUUUCCUGUGGCUGAAGUGAUCACGAGCUGUGUGCCACCUUCCGAACUGUUCCAGGGUCCCCUCAACGAAAGCCAGUGUUGUAGCACGCUUUGGGUGAGCAUUUUUGUUGGGGAGUUGUGUGCAGAAUUUUUAUUUAAUGCAAGAAUUGUCCGACAAAGUAUACGGGGUGGGGUUGAGAAGCAUUGUGGGUGCAUUGAUCUGGUAUACAGUAGGUGCACUUGCACUUGUAGCUGUCAUGUCGUAUUCUUUUGUUGCUUCAAAGUGUCUGGUUGUGUUUCCUCUUGUCAAACUUACGGGUUGUUUCUACUGCUCAUUUUUCGUCAUGCCCAUAGUAAGGAGACGCCACUAAACACCGCGGGGAGGGUGUGCUGCUUUGUUGCAAGUAGCUAAGCAAUAAGCAAUGAAAGCAACUGCUGUCCAGUGCAGUAGCUAUCUUCCUUCCUGACAAGGAAAGCCCACAGGCAUAGAUGUAAAAUUUUUCAAGUAUAGGAGACCAUGCAUAAAAUUCUUUGGCCCUGGCUCUUAUUUUUUAUUUUUCAUCUUAUUUGAUGCUGUUGUGGGGAAUAUGAAAAACUGAAAACUGGGCUUUAGCUGUGCUGCCAGGCCGGCAUGGGAUGUGGUCAUUGGUGUGAAAUAGGGGUGAACUAGUUUAUUCACAGAGUGUUCAAAAUGCCAUUGUUGCCAUUGCACACACUGUUCGGUGUCGACAGUGUCCUAUCUGCAAUGCAUCAUUGGAGCCGAUGAGGCACUUUGUCUUGCCCACUGUCUCUCUCUCAGCACUGUCUUAUUGUUUAAAAUGCACUUGUGCUGCUUUUGGUGGGCAGUUAAGGCAAGCUUACUUCAUGAGCCAUUAUUACUGGAAACUUUAAGCCUUGGGAUAUAAGUCUUGCGCCUUCUCUGUUCUUGUCCAUCAUGUAAGUGGGUGUCAGCCAGUUGAGUGCAUUUUCCCCGGCCCUAUUGCAGACUGUGUGUACCACUUCAGAUAUUUUGGCUAUUUUCGUGUUGCCCAGUAAUUAUAGGACACACACGCAGUCGUAACGUCAUGUUGUUUGUGACCAACCACUUGGGGCCCUAAUGAAUUCGCACCACUUGUAGGGAAAUUGCGCUGGAAUUGGCAGCAUGUGGCAGUGGCCACGUAUUCAGGCCAUUGUGUUGUGUGUGGAUGUACCAGUACCACCAUCCCACGGUAGAGCAUGGAAAAAAUGUGACUGCAGCACUGGAACAGCCCGCUGCAGCUUUUCACCCACAUGGUGUGCAUCAGUGGGUGAAGCUGGUGCUUGCAGAUCGUGAGCACACAUUGACAUGGUGCCACUUCUUGCAACUUGUUUAUCUUAUCAAAUGAUGCACAAAGAUGAUCUUCGAAGGCUGCUGCUGAGUGCAUUUAUUGAGGCCAUUUUUCAUUUUGAACUUGAGCGCAAUUGCUUCCUCUACCAGUUUUUUUACUAUGAGACAUCAAGCAGUAUCUAAGUGACCAGUGUGUGUUGGUAUGAACGAGAGGCGCAAUGCACAACCUGCCUGCGCCUGGCAGUGCCAACUGUUUUGCAUUGGGCGUUCUACCUGCCUUGCUUGCUUGCUGGUUCCCUGCGGCGAAAUCUCGGCAGAUGUAUGCUAUUGUCGACCGGUGGGGCUCAAUUGUUUUGCAAGAUGCGAAUAAAAAGUGGCAUUCUGCUCAUGA